AUGGCCUUGAGGAACCACAGCACCAUCACUGAGUUUAUUCUCACUGGGCUGUCUGCUGACCCCCACAUUGAGGUUCUGCUAUUUGUGGUCUUCCUGGUGAUUUAUCUUCUGACGAUACUGGGGAACUUGAUGAUGCUGGUGGUAAUCAGGAAUGAUUCCCGCCUCCACACGCCCAUGUAUUUCUUCCUGAGUAAUCUGGCAUUCCUUGACCUCUGUUUCUCUACUGUCACCGUGCCCAAGCUGCUGGAGGACCUCCUGUCUGAGAAGAAAACCAUCUCAGUAGAUGACUGCCUGGCUCAGGUUUUCUUUGUGUUUAUCACCGCAGGGACUGAAGCUUUUCUGCUCUCAAUGAUGGCCUAUGACCGCUAUGCUGCCAUCUGCCACCCGCUGCUCUAUAGCCAGGUGAUGAGCAACCAGCUCUGUGUGAGGCUAGUGUUAACCUCAUGGGGCUUGGCCUCUCUGAAUUCAAUUGUUAUUAUGCUUUUGGCUAUUAAUCUGGACUUCUGUGAGGCCCAAACUAUACACCACUACAUCUGUGAACUGCCCUCUCUCUUCCCUCUGUCUUGCUCUGAUAUUUCCAUCCACAUUGACAUCUUGAUAUGCUCUACUUUACUACAUGUGCUUGGAACCUCCCUCCCAAUCUUCAUCUCCUAUGCCCGCAUUAUCUCUACCAUCCUGAGCAUCAGCUCCACCACAGGCAGAAACAAGGCCUUCAACACCUGCUCUUCCCAUCUCAUUGCAGUGAUCCUGUUCUUUGGCUCAGGUUUGUUUCGAUAUCUCAUGCCCACCUCUGGCUCCUCCCUUGAUUUGCUUGCCUCCCUACAGUACAGUGUAGUCACUCCCAUGCUGAAUCCCCUCAUCUAUAGCCUAAAAAACAAGGAUGUGAAGAUAGCUAUGAAAAGAAUGCUGGAGAAGAGUCUGUAA